GCAUUACGCAAGACAAUGGUUGCAAUCAUAAAUACAACGCCAGUUGCUGGCGAGAAUGAGCAAAAGUCAUCUGUUGAUCAUCUUUCGACUGUUUUGGAGACAUUGACAGCAUGCCUCAACAGCGCCUCAACUUCACUACCUUCACCUGUUCAAACCGAAGAAACGUCGUUGAGUCCUACGAUAUUACCUCCCGCGGAUGGAAUCUCGCUAUUAGACACAAAGGCCGAACUACUACUCUCCUACCUACAAAAUCUCGUUUUUCUUGUCCUUUUUCAACUACGAGGACGCGGAAAGAAUGAUGCUCAAGGCGGAGUUUCGCAGGAAGAUAUUGUCAAGAAAUUGACAGAACUGAAGGUUUAUCUCGACCGAGGUGUUAAGUCCCUGGAAGGAAGGUUAAAAUAUCAGAUUGACAAGGUUGUCAAGGCGGCAGAAGACGCAGAGCGGGCGGCAAAAACCUCCAGCAAAAAGAGUGAAGACAACGAUGGAGAUGAAGAUAGUAGUGAAUAUUAUGAAGAUGCGUCCAAUAGCGACGAGGAUGAAGAGGCAUCCGAAAGCGAAGAUGAGGAUAUUGAUGAAAUGGCGUAUCGACCUAAUAUAACCGCCUUCUCCAAGGAUGUACAAAAACCAAACAAAGAAGUCAAGACAACGACUUCAAAGGACCGGAAAGAUCAACCAUCGGACGGAAUAUAUCGACCACCCAGGAUUAAGCCGACAGCAUUGCCGACAACUGAAAGUCGUGAUCGCGAUCGUGAACGCCGACCAAAGAAAUCGAGCGUCAUCGAUGAAUUCGUUUCAGCGGAGAUGUCGUCAGCGCCAAUCGCAGAACCCAGUAUUGGAAGCACAAUCCAGCGUGGCGGACGGCAAGUCAUGUCUCAACAAGACCGUGCACGUGAGGCCGAACGUCGUACAUAUGAAGAAACAAACUUUGUGCGCUUGCCCAAGGAAAGCAAAAAGGAACGCGCAAAGAGAAGGGCUGCCGAAGGGCCUCGUUCUGGUGGCUUUGGAGGCGAAGAUUUUCGUUCAUUGGGCGAAGGAGCGGACAGAAUUGCCAGACUUACCAAGAGAUCUGCAGGUAGUAGGGCUGGAGCGUUGGAGAAGAGUCGAAAACGAGCAUUUACGGAAGAUGGUCCGAGAGGUGAUGGGGCAGCUGUUGGUCAAUCAUUCGAGAAGAGGAGGAAGAAAGUAGAGGGAUGGAAAAAAUGA